AUGCCGCCUAACGUCCCACGCAAGAGGCUGCGUGAAGACUCGCCCCAGAGGAAUGAGUCGAAACUGAAAGGCAAAGCGACAGCUGCAGCUAUCGCGCCACCGAGGAAGCCGACUUUGUUCGACGACCUCGAUUCCACCAUUUCCCCCAAAUCCGCGGGCAAGGUGCGCAAACAGGUGAUCGAACUUAGCGACGACGAUGACGACAGCAGCUCCUUGUCAUCGCUCUCCGACGCGGAUUUUGAAGACGUUCCAGGGGCGAAGCGUCAGAAGAUCGAAGCGGACUUUGCAAAAGACGACGAGGACGAGGACGAGGACGAGGACAUUGAAUUUGAAGAUGUCUCCUACCCGACUUUGGCGCCUCAGCAGGCCCAGGGGCCCAAUGAAGGGGCUUUGGAAUUGACACUGUCGCAUGUGCCGACUGCCACCUUCGCUGAUUUUGGUGGCAAGAAAGGCCCAUCGAAGAAGGAACGUCAGGCCCGCAUUGCUACGCACUGCAUGCAUGUUCAAUUCCUCAUGUGGCACAACGCAAUCCGCAACGCGUGGCUCUGCGACCCCGUAACUCAGGGCAUUGUCCUAUCCCAUAUCCCACCAGGAAUGUGGGACGAGAUUGAGCGCUUUAGACGCAGCUGCGGAUUGGAUCUGCACGAGGAGACACCAAAGAAGACCACAAAGAGAGCCCCCAAGGGUAAAACCAACGGCAAGGGCAGCAAGAACAGUAAGGCGAGUGAGAAAGCAGCAAGGGACUGGGGCGGUGCUGCUCACAGACUUGAGAACGGUGCAGUCGACCUGAGCCACGGCGACCCACUGUUUCGGCUGGUUAGGUCCCUCUCGGCCUGGUGGAGGAAGCGGUUUCGAGUCACUGCGCCUGGGCUUCGCAAACUGGGCUACAUGCAAACACGGCGGUGCGCAAACCUCACCAAGGGCUUCAAUGAGGGAGGCAUAAACCCGGGUCGAUACGGCGAACGUAUCUCAAGCUUGCAAUGGUUUCGACUCCGCGCUCAGGAGUGUACCGGCAGUCGGGACGUUGGUGCACAACUUUCACAUGCCUUCUGA